AUGGCAUUCUUUAAUGGUGUUAGAGCUUCCUGGAGUUGGCUCUGCAAUUUGGUGAGACCUGAAGACACCAAGGUCUCUGCUUCUACUUCUGUGGAAUAUACUGAUAAUCCUUGGCAUGAACUGUUUAAACUAAUACGUCUCAUAGAUCCAUUUGAUUAUCCUAAUUCACCAAUUGUGAGAUGUCAAAAAUUUAGUGACUCUGUACAAAACAAUUUUGAGUAUCUUUGGCACAGUAGACAAUAUAAUGAUGCUGGAUGGCUGGUCUUAGCCGCUUUGGACAAACUAAUGAAUGAAAAAUUGCAUCUCCAGAAACAGAUAAGAAAUUUAAAAGUUUCUCAGUGUGUCAUGAGUGAAAAUCUCCUCUCUUUUAGCCGCAAGGCUGAGAUUGCAGAAACCCAGACACAGUCCCUCAUAAUUCGAUUGGCUGAACUACAACGUAAAUUUAAUGCUCAGCCUCGAAGGGUAUCAGAAGCAAAGGUUAGGGCACUGGUUGGAAAAGAGUGGGAUCCCAUGAAUUGGGAUGGAGAUGUAUGGGCGGAUUCUGAGGAAAGUGAAUAUACUGAAUUUCUGGAUGCUAAUGAAGUUAUUUUACCUGAGGGAGAGAUUUCCCCACCUGAAAUGGCAGAGGGGUCACCACCUCCACCCGCUGCUGUGUUGGAAUCUCCUAGCAUACUUGGGGAAGCUAAUGCUAUGUUGACUAAACAGGAUUAUGCUGCUGCUCCUCAGGACCCACCCUUAACACCCGUUUUUGCCUCCAGGCCCAUAACCAGGCUCAAAGCACAGAAAGCGCCUAAAGGAGAGAUACAUACUGUGACCCAUGAAGAGGUUCGCUAUACUCCCAAAGAGCUUCUUGAGUUUUCCAACUCUUACAGGCAGAGGCCUGAUGAGCAAGCAUGGGACUGGAUUUUAUGGGUGUGGGAUAAUGGUGGCAAAAACAUACAUCUGGAUCAGGCUGAAUUUGUUGAUAUGGGCCAAUUAGGUAGGGAUUCUGAAUUUAAUGUCAUAGCUCGUGGAGUGAAGAAAGGUAUUAAUAGCUUAUUUGGAUGGUUGGCAGAGAUAUGGAUCAAAAGAUGGCCCACUGUGAAUGAGUUAGAGAUGCCUGAUAUUCCAUGGUUUACUAUUGAUGAAGGGAUUCAGAGACUCAGGGAAAUGGGAAUGCUGGAGUGGAUCUGUCAAGUUAAACCUAAUCCUCCACAUGGGGAUGAUCCAGAAAACAUACCCUUCACCAGCACCUUGAGAAACAGAUUUGUGAGGGGAGCACCAGCAUCCCUGUAG